GAAUUGAAUUCAGUCCAAACCAUUCUAGAUAAAUUGGUGGCAGCACUAGAUUCAGAUAGAUGGAUAGAGAGAGACAUGGAAAACAACUUACACAGAGCUCAAACAAUUUAUCGGAAUCCAUUCCAUGGAGCGAAUAUAAAGAUUGAGGCUAAGAAGAGGAAAUCAAAGAAGAGAUAUAAUCCAAGCGUGUCAGCAACAGCAACUGCUCUACUUUAUAAGCUCUCAUUGUCUUUUUCAUCUGUCCUACGCAGACGCCAAUAUGAGGCGAUUUGAGUUUCAGGACUACUCUGGGCUAGACCUGGAGAAAACGGAGAAUUUACUGAACCUACACCGAGAACGGGAAAAUUUCCUCCGCCCAAAGUUAGAGAACAGGGUUGAGAUUUUCCGUCGAGGAUAUGUUAGCUUUGAGGAACCUGGAGUAGGUAAAAAACAAAAACGAGUUAGUUUCUCACAAAGCUUCGGUGAAGAAAGAAUGGAGUCAAACCAACAUUUUCACCGAUAUUCCUGUUUAACUGAGACUCCUACCACUCCCAGGUUAAGAAGAUGGCCUACUACUCCAGGUUUAACUUCUUCAAAUACUCCAGAUUGCCAUUUGAGCACUCCUGAAUCUUUACCCAUGCCCCAGAGAGCCAGAAGUGAGCCAAGAACUCUCCAAAUAGUUAAAAAUGAGCCAAAAUCAGAAAAGAGUUUUGUAAAGUCUCUUUGUCGAUUUUAUUCGGAAAUAUUCAGUAAAAAAGCGACUGAAACUAGGGAGGACUUAUCCGUGUCGUUUACUAAGUACAGCAGUAGUCCCUUUCCUACCCGGAGAGGUUCAAAGCUUAGAAAAAGUUUAAGUUUAAAGGAACGACGAGAUGAUAAUGUAUGUUUGUUGACGGAACAUUCAGAUCCGGUCAGCUUUUCAGGAUCAAAUGAGAGAAAAAAAUUCAAAAAUAAACGACUCAGCAUCGAACUUGGAGGAGCAUUGGAUCGAACCCCGUUACUUCAACUCGAACCUAAGUUCGAAAGUGAUGAGGAUUUACACGGUGCACUGUCACUUUUAGAAAUGGAGGAAAUAAGACGACAAAAUGAUUCCAAUCAAUCCAUUUUUUCUCAAAGAAAAUCUAGUCGAACCUCUAUUCACGAAACCUCGAGAAGGUUUUCUCAUAUAUCUCUCCAGGACGAAGAUAUCUCGGAGAAAACUCGACUCUCUCCGACUGGACGGAGUAUGAAAAGUCAGGAUUCUGGGUUUUCAGAUACUGCUGAGAGUUCAAACCAGGAUAGAAGGGAGAGAAGGAGCUUCAGCAAUGAGAAGGAGGAGGUGGAGAAGGAGAAGGUAGAGAAGGAGGAGAAGGAGGAAAGAGACCUGGAUAAUAUGUUUACUCCUAUUUUGGGUUCAAGACAAUACUUACUCUCACCUAGUCCUUACAGUAUAGGAAUAGGAGGAGUCCACAAUAGUACACGGCCAGGAGAGCAGGGUUUAUUCCAAAGUACUCCAGUGUCAUCUAGUCUGAGGAGUCCUUUUGAAAGCACUCCAGUAAGAUCUAGCGUAAGGGGUGUCCUGGAAAGUACUCCAGUGAGCAGAGUUAAAGGAGGCAGACUAUCCUUGAGAAAAUUCACCCUCGAACAAGCUUUAAACCAACCAAACCUUGAAACCAAACCAAACCUUGAAAUCAAACCAUACUCAACCCAAAACGAACCUAAGGGAACUCCAGUUAGCUUUGUUCAACACAAAUUUGAGAGAAGAAACAAACUUUAUCAGAGUCUCACCUGUUCAGUCCAACCCCUGGAAAAUCGUCUUUCUCCUUCUUGCCGGCCAAGACGGACGAUAAAGACAAGAAAUUUUGCAGUUCCCAUUCUCUCCUGUGUUAAGAAUCCGGAGAAAAUUUGUAGGUCCCGAACUCUUCCUCUUGAAACGUGCUCAACAUACAACCCAGAGCAACAUCGUGGUUUUUCACAGAGCUUCCGUGAGGCUCCUACUUGUACCCGGAGAAAUAAACCGGAGAAACGUCCUUCUUUCGCCCUAAACCGAUUUCUCCAGGAUCUAAGUCCAAUGCUUCCUCCGGUCCUGCCAGAGCUACACCAUAGUGCUCUGGUUGAACUAGGAGAAGAGACGUUUACUCUCAACCUUGAACCUUGUUCUCCAAGAAGACCCCACACCAGACCUAUCUCCGGAGCUGUUGAUGUAUGGUUGGAAACCUUAAUAAGAUCGAUGGAACCGGAGUGUAUGACAUAUCUGCAUAGUAAACCCGUUCUCUGUACAGAGGGGUACCAGGAGGAGGGUUUUAGUGCUGAAGGAGGAUACCUAGAGAACAGGGUGGAGAAGAUCAUUGCAACUCAUAGGAAACUUAAACUUCUUUAA